AUGUCUUCCAGUCGAACAACUAUAACGAAGCGGGCCUGUGACGGAUGCAAGAUCCGAAAGAUCAAGUGUGGUGGCGGCAAUCCAUGCCAGGCUUGCAAAAAUGCGCGCAUCAAGUGCACCUACAUUCGGAUUCAGCAUCCUCGGGGUCCGCAGCGACUGCGUUCAACUACUAAAUAUUUGAUUGAGCAAACACAGCGCGGAAUCGAGGCGCAAUCCGCAGAACAGCCCGAGGAAGUGGCUGAAACGAGCGACUCAUAUCCAACUCUGGAACAUAGCCAGGCUAUCAGCGCACAGGGGUCUCGAAUCCCAACGAAUAUCCUUGCCUCCCCACUUUACAUUUACCACGUUCGAAUGUACCCCGUCUGGCCGAUUGUCGAUGUCGAAAAUGUCAUGUCCAUUUUACAGAACACCCACGAUCAAAACCCAGAGGCCUAUGCUUUAGCCACGUCUGUUGCAGCCGCGACCAUUGCCCAGCUCAGGCUUGAGCAAAACGUUCAGUCUAAUAAGUCCGUCAGCUCCGAGGUGUUUGCGUCGGAGUGCUUGAAAGCUCGAAGUUCAAGCAACUAUCGGUCCAAAGCGAAUCUGGAUAAUGUGCGAACUGCGUUUUUCCUCCAUGUGUACUACGAAAAUCAACACCCAGGUGGCAGUGAAUCGUUACUUUACCUGCGGGAGGCCAUUUCGCUGGCUCAGAUGAUGUCUCUUCAUCGCGAAGCCUCCUAUUCUGGAUUGCCUCUUGAGGAACAACAGAUUCGGCGUCGCGUACUCUGGUUACUGUUCGUGACAGAAAGAGGGGUCUGCAUCCUACACAAGCUUCCUGUGGUGCUCAAAACGAACAUCUCGACGCCGGAAAUGGAUUUCAAUGACGAGCCCCAGGUCUUACCUGCUUUCUUGAAGCUCCUCAAUCUCUUCCGGCUUUUUGAACAAUCAAAGAUGUUCGAUAUCAUCGAAGAUGAAAACCCCGACCUACAGUCUAUUUCUGAAGGCGAUAAGAGCUUGGAUACUAGGUUCUUCGAAUUUCUCGAGGGAAAAUUGCAAGACGGUUCUAUCCUUUUAGAUCAAAUCUCCGAUGUACAAAAAGCAGACUUGUGCGUUACUCGACACUGGAUGCGAAUGAUCCUGUGGAAGGUGUCGUCAAAGAAGCCUACGUCUUCAUCCUCCGACAAGUCUACAAGUUCAUCAUUUCCAGUAAUGGUCGCCAAGGAGCUCCUGAACAUCGUUUCUCAACUACCGAGAACAGCAAUAGAGGCCCAUGGCCUUGGUAUGGAGUUGAAGCUGUAUGAGAUUGCAAACUCCCUUGCAGAUGCUGUAAUGAACAUGGCAAUGCUCCCCAGAGCGCCCAUCUGGGACGGCGAAAGUCGCCCCAGCAGCAUUCUAGCGCGAUUACACUCCAUUCUCUCCACCUUCCGCGGCGGCGGAAAUAAAGAGCUAGCUGAAAUACUGUACAAGAAAAUGGCCGAGGCACAAGUUAGAAGCGGGCCUACUCUAUCGCCAUCUCUCAAAGCACCUCACGGCCCCGCCCUAAGUAGACCCUUGAGCGGACCCAGUAAGGAUGGUCUCAGGGAAGAGGGGUCGGCAGAUAAAGACCCUUCCAGCUCACGCUCCACUCCCCCUGGGCUCCAUAACAGCGGCAUCUCGACGACCAACUGGGGCGAUGACCUGCAGACCAUUGGCUAUGAAGACCUGCUUCAAAACAGCGCUAGUAUCGCCACCGAUGCACAGCCAGACGGGUACAGCCAUGUCACAAACCCGUUCUCGUACAAGGAUAUGAUCUCCCCAAGCUUGGCCGGAAUGGGUCUCACUCCACCUUCUUUCUUCCCUGCAUACUCCUACGACCCUAGCUAUGCUAUUCUUUCGACGCAGGCUCCACCCGUCCUGGAUGACACCCGGAACAUCUUCUCCGGCAUCUCGUCGUUAUCUCCGUCGUUCGCGUCAGGGUCCAUGGAGAUGCUCAUUGGCGAUUUCAUAUCGCAGAUCCCAGACCAAUAUCAACCUGGCAGCUUCAUGCCCAUGAGUGACGACGUGAUGGACCAGAAUAUAUCAAACCAGAGCUUUAUGAUAUGA